AUGUCUGGGCGUGGCAAGAAGCCUGCAAAGCCUGCAACCAAGGAACAAAAAAACAAGAGUGCAAGAGCUGGCUUGCAGUUCCCAGUGGGCCGCAUUGGACGUCUUUUGAGGCGGGGUCGGUAUGCAGAAAGAGUGGGUGUUGGCGCCUCGGUGUACAUGGCUGCUGUGUUGGAAUAUCUGACUGCAGAGCUACUGGAGCUGGCGGGAAAUGCUGCUCACGAGAACAAGAGGCAGCGAAUUGGGCCACGCCACAUCCAGUUGGCGAUCAGAAGCGAUGAUGAGUUGAACAAGCUGUUUGCACAUGUGACCAUUGCGGAAGGUGGAGUUCUCCCCCACAUCAAUGCUCUCCUUCUUCCCAAGAAAACAGCACCGUCCUCUGUUCCCCAGGAGGAACCUUAUAAGGGGACCUGACCUCAUGCGACUUUUCUGUCUCUUACUGUCUGAAAAAGCUCCUCGUCCUUUUCAUGUAGCACUUUUGCUAGGAAGA